AUGGCGUGGGAAGAACCUAGAAAGACCGGCAUGGUCUAUCGGAGACUUGGAAACUCGGGCCUUCACAUUUCAGCAAUUGGCCUCGGAGGAUGGCUGACGUUCGGCGGCCAUGUCGAGGAUGAGAAGACCUUCAAGUGCAUGAAGCAAGCUUACGAUCUCGGCAUAAACUUCUUUGACACGGCAGAAAACUACACGGCGGGGAAGUCUGAGAUUGUGAUGGGGCAGGCCAUCAAGAAGUUCGGUUGGAAGCGGAGUGACCUUGUCAUUAGCACCAAGAUCAACUGGGGAGCCGUCAACGGGGAGAUCCUGGUGAACAACCACGGGCUCAGCCGCAAGCACAUCAUCGAGGGCCUGGAGGCCUCGCUCCAGCGCUUAGACCUGAAAUACGUCGACAUCGUCUACGCGCACCGGCCCGACCGCCUCACGCCGAUGGAGGAGACCGUCCGCGCCUUCAACUACGUGAUCGAUAACGGCAUGGCCAUGUACUGGGGAACGUCCGAGUGGAGCGCCGACGAGAUCGCCGAGGCCAUUGGCAUCGCGAAGGACCUGCGGAUGAUUGCGCCCGUCGUCGAGCAGCCUUUCUACAACAUUCUGAUGCGGAACAAGGUCGAGGGCGACUUCCAGCGCUUGUACCCGCGCUACGGUAUUGGCCUCACGACUUUUAGCCCUCAGUUUUUCGGCCUUCUGAGUGGGAAGUACAACGAUUCGCCUGACGCUCCGCCGGAGGGCUCUCGUAUCUCGGAGAGCAAGGAUGGUUUCGGCGAGGGUAUGCGGAAAACAUACGGAGACGAUUCGUGGAAAGAAAAGAUUGCGAAGAGCAAGAAGCUCAAGACCGUCGCCGAGAAGCUGGGCGCCACGCAGAGCCAAUUGGCGCUUGCGUGGUGCUUGAAGAAUCCAAAUGUGACGAGUGUUAUCACCGGAGCAAGCCGCCCCGAGCAGAUCGUCGAGAACGUCGAGUGUCUGGAGAUCCUCGACAAGCUGACACCAGAGAUCAUGGGCGAGAUUGAUGAGAUCGCGGAUAACAAGAUCGUUCUUGAUCCGGCAAGGCAAGGGUAG